AAGCUAUUCGCAGUUGUCGCUUGGGGCAGGAACGCGGUUCGUUCUAUUCGCAGACAUUGUUGUUGUUAUCUCUGUGGACUACGUCGAUAUGGUAGUGGUUUUUCAGAGUUAACACUUUCGUGAUGGAGAAUAACACGCUUGAUGGCAACAUAAGCCGACAGAUUGAAGAGCAGGAGGUACUGAAGUCAAUUUACGGAGAAGAGUGGAAAGAGGAUGACGGCGGUGGUUCAGGAAACAUCACCCUUUCUGAAGGAAAUUUAUCACUCGAAUUGUUCGUAACUCUAACUGACAUAUACCCAGGCCAAGGCCCUCCACUAUUUCAGAUAUUGGCUCCAUCACUUUCAAGAGACGAAAUGGUAGAAAUUACCACAAUUCUUCAAGAUAUGUAUUUAGACAAUAUCGGAGAAACCAUAAUAUUCCAAUGGGUUGAAAAAGCUAGAGAGUGGCUGCAAGAAAAGGUUUCCUUGCAGGCAUGUGGAGUUGCUGCUAAAGCAGAGGACGAAGAAGACGAGGAAGUUUAUGCAGAAAGUUAUACAUGUUGGAACGAUGACAGGAUGAAUCAGUCAUCGAAAGUCAGCAAAGAUGGGCCAACAAUUGUUCAUGGGGAUCCUAUAAGUUUCAAAAAAAGUACAUUUCAAGGACAUGUAGCGACAAUAUCAUCAACAAGUGAUGUUAAGCAGGUUAUAUCUACUCUUAUGGAAAACAAAAAAAUAGCUCAUGCAACUCAUAAUAUGUAUGCCUACCGAAUUUAUCGGGAAGAAACUAAAUCUUUUAGUCAAGACUGUGAAGAUGAUGGUGAGACCCAAGCAGGAAGCAGAAUGUUGCACCUUUUGCAGAUAAUGGAUGUGCGUAACAUCUUAGUUGUUGUAAGUCGGUGGUAUGGUGGAGUUCAUCUGGGUCCUGAUCGGUUCCGUCUUAUAAAUAAUGCCGCAAGGCAGGUUAUUGAAAAAGCAGGCCUACUUCCUAGUCCAGAACAAAAGAAGAAACACUGAGUCUAGACUUCUUUAGGUAUCUGUUUCAUUGUCCCUAUUUCUGAAAAUUAAAACAUGUUGUGCUUUCCUAGUGGAAGCAAGGUGUUGUUAAAGAUUGAGCAUGUCUUGUAUAUUGUUUAAUUAUAUAACAAUAAUUAAUUAAAAUAAGUUCACUCCGCCAUACAGAGUUCUGGUCAAAUAAAGUAAUUUUAUUUUUAA